CGCGCUAUGCUGUUGAGAUAAUUUUCUUUGUUGUCAUAUGGAACUCGAAUAUUCAGUUUGGUAAAUUGCGCCCAAAUAUAUGAGAAUGAUGAUUCUAAAUGACAAUGCUAAAGCAUGAGCCAGGAUCAGCAGUUAACCUAAAUGGUUUUCUUGCAUCUUCGUUUGCUGGGCUAACUUGUAUUUGCUGCGUUUAGCUUCAACUUCGGGUGGAAGACACGAAGAUCCAAGAUGCAGCUGCUAGUUGACAAGCCCAAUGGACUUUUCUUGGCUGUAUCGUGCAUUUGCUGCACAUUGAGCUUUGCUCCGUUUGCCAGUGCCAAUGAGAUGUCUACUGACGUAACAGCGGAAAUGUCCAACGUCACCACUGCACUGUCGACUAUUUUCGCUGAAGAAACAUCCCAACCAGAGCAAACCACCGCAGCAACGACGGUGACGCAAGCGACCGACGUUGUGACGACGACGGUGACGCCACUACCGGCAACGGCAACGCCUCCCAGGCCCUCACUUGCGGUGACGCCCACCGAUCGCUGCGGGUGCGACCUGACCGCCGGUUCGUGUGAUGUGGACUGUUGCUGUGACGGGGACUGUAGCCCGGACGACUCCCGGGCGUUCCAGCUCUGCACCGACAGGGAACCCGGGGAGCCGGACUUGAGGUACUGCACCAAGAGAGACGUCGUCUUCCGGAACAGGACGCUCUUUGAGAAGAGACCGGUGGGAGACUUGCUGUGCAUUGUGGUCGACAACGUCAAGAAGAAGGACGUCUAUCCAGAUCCGCCCGAAGUAAAGACACUGGCAGACGCCCACAGCCUUAUUAAGGGCAGGGUGACCCACGACUGGCCGACUGAUGACGCCUUCAGGCGUGAGCCGCAGGCCCUCUUCAAAGCUGGAAGCCCUGUACUUCGGGUCGAUGACGACGGCAGUAUUGGCGAGUGGAGGCUGCCGACCAAGCUGUUCAGUUCUCGCUGCGAAGCGACAGAAGUAAUCAUGUACCUUCGCGACGCGGACUACGAGUGCCGACGUAAGGUCACCGGCACCUUGGAACGAUCCUGCUCAUCUGAUUCCGCGUUCUCCGUAUUCACCUACCACAGCAACUUCUCCAUACAGUCCAGACCGGAUGAAAAGUUGAAAAUAGAGUCGUUCGUGUGUUACAACGACACCUGCCUAGUGGCCAACACCAGUGACUGCGCUCCUCGCUACGUCGAUGGCUCUUGCGACCACGUGGUUUCGGAGGCGUCCUUCCGAGUCUUUCACAAUGGUGCUGAUGGCAUUUCCAGGAUCGACGCCCACUACAAGCUCGUCACGCUUAAACCUGGCACUGUGGAGUUCGGCCAAAGGUUCAGCGUCUCCUUCGUUUGGCCAUCUUCGAAUGAAACAGCGCCGCUCAAAGUGAGCGGCAAUCCCGGGUACAUCACAGGGCUUCCAGUACUGGCGGGCUGCUUCGGUCAAAACGGGUCGGCCUGUCGGGAACAAGAUUUCCCGCAGUUCCUAAGUGUUCCAGAGUCAACUGACGGGGCCUGUACUUCUCCUGUCAAGAAGAGCGCCGUCAAGUUUCGCUACAAUGUCAGGACCGGCUGUCUACUGUGGCCCUGCAGGUUCCCGAACUGCUCGGCGCUGCAGGAAGCCUUGCUUGCCUACGUCAUAGGUAUGGAUCGUCACGUGACCCACGUGGCGAGCUUCGGAAACGUCAACAGGUCCCGGGUCGACGACUUCGUCCCCGUUCUGGUCGAGAACUCACCGGUGACGGACUCGACGCAAGCGGCCGCAUCUUCAUCGACGACGGUCGGAAGGGACGCCUGCGUCCUGCCCGUGACGGAAGUACGCGUCUACGUCAUGCACGCUCGGACCGAGCACGCGUCCAGGCCUCAGGAGAAGGUAGUUUCUGUUUUACGUUCGUACGGCAGAGGCGGCGCGGCCGAAGUUCGUCUCUCUCGACGACUGCCGGUGGAAGUGACGUACUCCGUCAACUUCGUUGACGUCACGAGCCCUCGUCGGCGGGUCUUCGCGCCUCCGCCCACGAUCGACGCGCGUCUGCCGCAGGAUUUUUUCUAUCCUUUCUUUCUGGAGUCGUCGGCGUCGAAAUAUCACAGCCCAAGCGCGAUCUCUUGUUCUUUGUCCCUCGCACUGCUCGUCGUCUUCGCAGCCGCCGACUUUUCGUGGCUGACGUAUCUGCCGUUAUUGGAGCAUUGUUAAGCCGGGGAACAUCUGGAA